GCUGUUUUUGUUUUCUCAACUGCACGGUAAAUUUCUGAAAAUGAAUAUGCAUGUUCCAUGGCAUUUUGGCUUUUAACCAAAAUAAGCUUCCUUUUCAUAUGAAAUCAACUAACCGAGCCUCAAAGCUUGAUUCCCUGUCGCAAUUUUCCACUUGCCUAAUGUAGUGACGUAGGAACUUUUUUCCACAUCCUUAAUGCUCUACAUGCAUGCAUUGCUCCAGAUUGUUUUUUGUGGACAAACAAAUUGUGCUAAGCAAACUGCAGAUUUCUGAAAUUCUACCACGAUUUGCAGAUGUCUUUUUGUGCAUGGGAUAUUAUGAUGUGGUACUUUGUACCCCAGAAGUUGUGUCUGCGAUCUCAGCCCAGCACAUAAAACUGCUCAUGCAAGUUAUUCUGAGCAUUCUGGCAUCUGCAAACUCCCACCAAAAAUAGGCUUAGAGACAAAAAACACUUAUCCUGUCUUGUUCUGAUGCAGGUACUGAGGUUUUAUGCAUCCUAUCAAAGGCUUCUCAGGCUCCAUUCACCUACAGCAAAACAUUCUCAAGACAGAACCUUUAGGUAGAUGAUAUUUGGCCACAAUGAGGACAGCCUAUUUAAGUAGGAAUGUAUCAAUGUGGUAUUAAAGUACUUUGCAUUUGUGGUUCUUAUUUUAAUAAGAAACUAAGAGAUGCCAAAAUUUGCAGAAAUGUUUCAGUGCUCUAGCAGAUAGAUGAAAAGCAAAGUAUAUAACUAAAACCCAAAUAUUAACCAACUCAGACUAAUGAAAGGUGAGCCCAGCAGUGGUCACACCCUUCAAUUAGUGGUUUACCACACUAUUUCCUUAUCCCCUAAAUGCUGCCCAUGAAACCAGGUAACAUAAAGCUGGAGGGGGAGGAGUAUUUCAUACUUUAUAAAGCUUUGUUUUAACAUUUGCCAGCGUUCAGUAUGUGCAGAAUAUUGUUUUCAAAAGCCAUCAGUUCAGUGCUACUUCAACUGCUAAAAAUGGACUUGGUCCACAGACACAGGCUACAGUUAUUUGGAUUGUUGCUGUCUGUAAUAGGAUGGAUUUUAACUGGUACCUGUAACUAUUUACCAGACUGGAAAAACCUCGGCUUAGACUUAAAUGAACUGGAGCUUUGGACUAUGGGACUCUGGCAAACCUGUGUAGUCCAAGACGUAGGAGGAACACAGUGUAAAGACUUUGAUUCUUUCCUAGCUUUGCCCAUAGAAUUCAGGAUUUCCAGGAUUUUAGUAUCGACAUCAAACGGACUAGGACUUCUGAGCCUCGUCAUCUCUAGCCUUGGUUUGGACUGCCUAAAGAUAGAGCAGAAGCUAAAGAAACAGCUGUUACUACUUGGAGGAAUACUCAUGUGGAUAGCUGGAGUUCUGGUCUUAGUUCCUGUUUCCUGGGUUGCCUAUAUGAUAAUCCAGGAAUUUUGGGAUGAAGUGAUCCCAGAGAUUGUGCCCAGAUGGGAAAUAGGGGAUGCACUGUUCAGUGGUUGGUUUGGUGGCUUUUUUAUAAUUCUAGGAGGCUCUCUACUUCUCUUGACAAUCUUCUUAUCAUCUGACCAUCGAUUACCAGAACAGUAUACAAUGGCAGAUACGCAAGACAACCAUCAACAGGUGGAGACUGGAAACAGAAGACUUUAAAAAGGGUACAUGCUAGCUUUUUGGUUUUCUUACUCUUGUAUUACAGUAAGAAAAUGCUGAUGAACAGACUGGCUACUGUUUACAAGACUGGGGGAGGGAUUAUUACAGUACAGGUUCCUUUCAUUUCUACUUACUUUCAAUUUUAAUUAGAUUGUCAUAGCUCAUCAAUUAAUGUAAGUCACCACUGUUUUUCUCCAAAAUCUGAUCAGUUGUUGUGUUCUUUGUGGUGUUUUUAUGUUUAUUUGCUUGACUGUGUUGGUGUUCUUUUUUCAUGUUAAAUGAGUAAAAAGUUGUGAUGGAUGCAUGGAGACUUAACACUUUUAAGCAGCAGAAGCCUUAAAGUUCUGAAGGGGUUUGCAGUGCCAGUUCAACAUACAUUACAAAAAUCUAAUACAACAUAACCUUAAAUUAAAUUCCAUGGACCUUUAUUCAUUUGCACUAGUUGAAACUAACUGUUUCCUCAAUGUCACGCAAUAUUCUACACUGUGUGUGUAUGUGUGUAUGACUGAAUAUAUCCUAGCACCACCAUACACACUGUGUGGAAAGCCAGCAUUUUUGAACAGUAUCAAGAUGCUGUCUGCUGGAAAGUACUCAUUGCUAUUGCAGCUUUUCUUUGAUGAAUGUAAAGAAUUAACUUCAAGCGUAUGCAUCGUUUUCUUUAAAACUUAUCCUAAGACUUGUCAGUGAUUGAUGUGAACUUUCUAUAAAUCACAAAGAGUUUACACUGACAAAUCUAUAUGCUCUUUGUAGCAACAGAUGGCUGCUACAAAAAUGUAGAACAGCAAUAACAAUUGAAUAAAACACUGGUCUGGAAAAGAACUUUGUUAAAAAAAAAUGUAUUUUCCAAUCACUGAAACACAUGGAAAGUGCAGAGACAAGUUAAUCUACGUGAUGUAUUUGCAUACUUUUACAGACAAAAUUAGAACAGAACCACAUUCAGCAUAUAACCUGAUUAAAUAUUUAGUUCAGUCCUGAGCAUUUGAUAUUUAAUACAGCAUAAACAUAGCAAUAUCUUUAAAAAAUUCUUAUUUGAUUUACCUUCUAUUACAUUUUUUUCCUAACCUUUGCUCAUUUGGUUAAAUAUUCUUGUACCAGUAAUAUUUAAUUUUGAUAUCUGCAACCGCAGUGAUAGUGGUACCUGGAAACAGAACUAAUUGCAUUUGUUACACUCUGCUGUGCAGAGUAAAUUCUACUUUGAGUAAUAUCUAUAAUUGUAAACUGACAGGAUUAUUUGUAUGUGUUAGCUUAUUCUAUUGAGUGUUUUGAGGUUGGAUAAUUUAAAUUUAUUUUUAAAGAAAGCAGAAUUGUUAAAAGCUGCCUAUAAAUAUGUUGAACUUUACCAAUUUGGAAAACGAGACACAUUUUGCAAUGAGUUUUUUGAGCUAAGGCCAACAUCUUUAAAUUUUGACCUUUCUCCAUGCUUACAAAUAUAUGAUAAUACUUUUUUGAAAAUUAUUCAAUGCGUGAGGAAAAACAGCUAAUCUGGCAAGAAUUCAGACAGCUCUAAAUACUUUUCACAAUAGCAUCACGUGAAAUAUUUUUAUGGCCAGAACUGAACUAUAUUAAACACAACAUAAAUAAGACUGUAAAUAAAUAAAAGAAAAAUCACAAAGUACACCUCUAAACAUCAUUCUACAAACAUAUAAUCAAAUUGAGAAGUUGAAACUGUCAACCUUCAUUUCACCUCUACAUUAAAUAAUUCCAGAUUUAUUUAUUUUCUUAAAUUGACCUUUCAAAUAUGUUAUCUCAAACCCAACCAAGAAAAAACAAGUGAGGCAUUCAUAAAUGAUGUUUAACCAGUCAUCUUGCCCCAAAUAGCACAUCUGGCUAUAUGUUUAAGUGAACUGAUGUUUGUGCAUAAGAAAGCCCUUGGGUAAGGCUUACACAGAUCUCUCAUCACAGAGUUGUCACUGCGAAUUUCAGACAGCUGCUACCAUCACGUUAGUUAUAUUCACUUCCAUUUUCUCAGCGAUUAUAACUCUUUUGAGACAUUAAGGCCAUGCAUAUGUGGAUAACGUGAUUGUACUGAAAUACAUGGCGCCUUCUAGUCAGGAUUUUUACUUUUCCAGAGAGACUUUACUUCAACAAACUUCUGAUAUCCAAGUUACUGGGGACAAACUUUUCUCCUGGUACAAAUACUUCCAUAAAAUCCUCUUCAUAAUUGUAAACUUAAUGAACACUUUCAUAUUCUCCUAGCUGGCAAUAAGGCAGCCUCUAGGAAAAAAAAACUAAUACAGAGAAACUCAUUUCAAAGAGUACAGUAGAUAUAACUAUUCUGAUUUCACUGUUGGUAUUACCAAUUUGAUUCAGCUUCCAGUUCAGAAAGCAGCUGCCCUUUCGGUAGUCUCACAGGAAUUUUUUAGGGUUGUUUGUCUGCCUUGUCUUUCCCCUCUCUCCCACAGAUGCAAGAAACCUUUUAGUGCAGGUUACAGUACUGUACAUUCACAAAACUGAAUUUUGUCUCUCCCUAUACAAUAUUACAGAACAAGAACAGAAGAAAUUUAUUUUCAGAAACAAAAACUCCAAUGUGGGUGAUGAAUCUAAUUAGCAGCUGUUGUGAGGCAGCCUUGAUGUUUUGGAAAAAAGCUUACACUUGUAGUUAACUUCAAACUACAAAAGUCACACUCUUAUAUAAAAAUAUUGCAUGGCAAAACGGCCAUCUUCACAGUCUGCUCACAUGAAAAUAGUGAAAAGAUAAACAAUCUUCUGUUGAACGUAAUAUUUCUCAAUACAGUGCGGUUCAACAGGAUACAUGCUCAGUACUGCCUUUGUUCCUUUGUUCCAUCUUUACAAAAUAAAAACACAUGCAAUACAUACAAACUGUACAAAAUCAGCAUCAGUAUACCAAAAUUGAUCUACUUUGGUUUUCCUUUUUUUUUUUGUCAUUUUUUUUAGAUGUACAAGAAUUCAAUUCGCUGUAUUUUACAAAUAUACGUAUUAAUAUUGAAUGUAAAAUAGAAGAGCUGUAAAAGCAGGUCACUAGAAAUAUGAAGUUCAUCUAAAAAAAAAAAAAA